AUGGGUGGAGUAGAGGGUCACUUAUACCAAUUAUCACUUAUGUUAACCCAGCGUGGACAUAAGGUCAUAAUAAUUACCCACUCUUACGGAAACCGUACUGGUGUUCGUUAUCUAACCAACGGUUUAAAGGUAUAUUAUGUACCACAUAUGGUUAUCUAUUCAGAAGCAACAUUACCAACAAUAUAUGGAUUCUUUCCAAUCUUUCGAAAUAUUGUUCUCCGUGAAAGAAUUAAUAUUGUUCACGGUCAUCAAGCGUUUUCAUCGUUAUGUCACGAAGCAAUAUUACAUGCUCGUACAAUGGGAAUGAGAGCUUGUUUUACUGAUCAUAGUUUAUUCGGAUUUGCGGAUGCGAGUAGUAUUCUGAUGAAUAAAGUGUUGAAAUUUACCCUUAGUGAUAUUGAUCAUGUUAUUUGUGUUAGUAAUACAAGUAAGGAAAAUACAGUUUUAAGAGCAGCUUUGACUCCUCAAAUGGUAUCAGUCAUCCCUAAUGCUGUGGUUGCAUCACAAUUUAAGCCGGAUCCCAGUGCACAAGAUAAAAAUUUUAGUUCG